CGAAUAUAUUGGCGCGUGAUUACUAUAUUAAAAUUAAUGGAUAUCUCUGUUUGCUAAAAUCCCAAUCACGAUUCUUAACGUCUAAAAUAUAUAUGUGUGGAUCCCACUUGUUGUGUUCCAAAAAAAAUAGGUUGUGCUGAUUGUUUUCUUGAUGAUCAUAUAACUCAUAUUAGAAAAACCACUACUCAAUUUAAGGAGCAGGUAAGCCAAUCUAUCGAAUAAAUUUCAUAAAUUGAAUUCCAAAAAGUGACAGGCUCUCCUUAAAGGGACUUGGAUAGUCAAAUAGAUUUUGAAUUAGAAAAUUGCAUUGAUUGCAUUAAGUCAAGAUUCUCAUCCAUCAAAAGCGAUUUAAAGUCUCAAAUUGACAGUGAUAUGACGAAAGUAUAAGAUAAUUGCACUUAAUUUCAAUAAAACAUGAAUAACGAACUUGAUCCAUUCAAAUUAACAAUCUAAAAUGAAUUACCUUCUUUGAAUCACAAUGAACUUAAUUAAUUAGUUAAAUUUUAUUAGGAGGCACCAAAAAUUCACAAACAUUAUUCUAAAACUGCUGAACUCCUAUAAGAUGAAAAAUAAAAAGUAAAAUAAAAAAAAUAAAAGUACUUAAACAAAAUGAAAAAUAUUAUGCAAAUAUUACUCAAGGAGUUUAAUGAAUUAAUGACAUCAAAAAAUGUGCAAUUUGAUGAUGGAAGUGAAUAUGAAACUCCUUAAAAAUAAGCUAUGUCUCCUAAUAAAAUGAUAAAUCUUGUAGAAACUGCACGUUCUUCAAGACGCUUUCCUAUGUCUUAAUCUUAAAAAAAAUAUUUUUUAGCUGCUGUGACAAAAAAAUUGGAUUGAUUAAUUGAUUUUUAAUAUUUAUAUAUUAUAUAAUGUCAUU